GAAUGAAAGAAGAUGUCUGUGUUUGUGCAGCAGUAUUAAGGCACCUUUAAAACAUGUCUCUAAAUGGAGGAGGGAGCAGAGGAUUUUACUUCAACACCGUCUUGUCUCUGGCUCGGUCGCUGGCGGCUCACCGACAGGCGCCGAUAGACAAGGUCCAGAAGCUGCAAUGCAUGUGCCCUGUGGACUUCAGAGGAGUCUUCCAGCUGGAUGAGAGGAGGAGAGAUGCUGUCAUUGCUCUGGGCAUUUUUCUAGUAGAGUCAGACUUGCAGCACAAAGAUGCUAUCGUCCCCUACCUGCUUGGGCUGCUGAAAGGGCUUCCUAAGGUUCAGUGGAUUGAAGAGAGCUCGGAACGCAAAGGUAGAGAAACGCUUCCUGUUGCAGAGAACUUCAGCUUUUGUCUCGUAACGCUUCUGUCAGAUGUCGCUCAGCGUGAUGAGACCUUACGAGGACAGAUCCUGGAGGCGGUUAUGGACAUCAUGCAGGUGCUGCAGGACAUCUGCAAGAAUCCAGAGGCUCAUGAUAAAGAAUACCUGUGCAGGUACACUGUACCCACGCUGCUCGGCGUUGCCCGAGCGUUUGGCCGAUACAGCAACACUGAUGAGCCUUUGCUGUCCAAGCUGUUCCCCCGGCCAGUCGCACCUGUGCUGCCCACAGGCGAUGAUAGUGAUACCGCCCGUCGGAGGUCCUUCAAUGAUUUCCGUUCCAUCCUGCCGAGCUCUCUGCUCACCGUGUGUCAGGGAGACACUCUGAGACAUAAAGGCUCCUCAGUGUCCAGUGUGUCACAGCAGGCCAGUCCAGAGAGAGCAGUCCUCACCCCCAGCUCACCGGGUGAUCCCUCUGCACAGUACUUUGAAGGCUCAUACCUCCCCGACGGCAGUGCAGUGGACCCUGAUUACUACUUCUCCACCAUCAGCUCCAGCUUCUCUGUCUCCCCUCUUUUCACUGGCAGCAGCUCUGGAGAGUUUCACGUCCCUCUGGACAUGCUCAGACAGCUCCUUCACAUGGUUGAAGAGUUUGUCUCUGAGUCCUUUUUAAAAUCACUGGAUGACUCUUUGGCAGAACUUAUGGAGUUGAAUCCUGGUCUUCAUCUGUACUACAAAACCUUCAGUGAUCCUCUGUAUGUGGCCAUCUUUAAAAUGCUGAGAGACACCCUGUACAAUCUGAAAGACCUUCAGACAGACUAUGUGAAGGAGGUUCAUGACUUUGUGCUGGAGCAGUUCAGCAGCAGCCAGUCUGAGCUGCAGAGGAUCCUGCACGACGUCGAGUACCUGCAGAGUGAACUGAGCCCGCUCAAGCUGCGCUGUCAGGCCAACGCUGCCUGUGUGGACCUCAUGGUUUGGGCUGUAACUGAGGAGCAGGGAGCCGAGAACCUUUGCACCAAACUGUCGGAGAAGCUGCAGUCUAAGACAUCCAGUAAAGUCAUCAUCGCUCACAUGCCGCUCCUCAUCUGCUGCUUACAGGGCCUGGGUCGUUUGUGUGAGCGCUUUCCAGUGGUGGCCCACUCUGUCACCAUGUCGCUCAGAGACUUUUUGGUGGUGCCCUCUCCUGUUCUGGUGAAGCUGCACAAAUACCACAGCCAGUACACUCCAGGCGGAGGUGAGAUAAAGAUCCAUGUGACGAACGAACACUCGCAGUCAACCCUCAGCACCCAUUCUGGCAGGAAGAGCCAGCCCUCUAUGUACGAGCAGCUGCGGGACAUCUCCAUCGAUAACAUCUGCAGGUGCCUGAAAGCAGGACUGACUAUGGACAAUGUUAUUGUAGAAGCUUUUCUCGCCAGUCUGUCCAACCGUCUCUACAUCUAUCAGGAAAAUGACAAGGACGCUCACUUGAUCCCUGACCACACCAUCAGGGCUUUGGGUCACAUUGCUGUGGCCUUACGUGACACCCCCAGGGUAAUGGAGCCCAUCCUGCAGAUCCUACAGCAGAAGUUCUGUCAGCCUCCCUCCCAGCUCGACGUCCUCAUCAUAGACCAGCUUGGCUGCAUGGUCAUCACAGGCAACCAAUACAUCUACCAGGAGGUGUGGAAUUUGUUCCAGCAGAUCAGCGUCAAGGCCAGUUCCAUGGUCUACUCGACCAAAGACUACAAGGACCAUGGAUACAGACACUGUUCCCUGGCUGUGAUAAAUGCUCUGGGUAACAUAGCAGCAAACGUUCAGGCGGAGCAGAUGGUGGACGAGCUGCUGGUCAACCUGCUGGAGCUUUUUGUUCAGCUGGGCUUGGAAGGGAAGAGAGCCAGUGAGAGGGCCUCAGACAAAGGUCCAGCUCUGAAGGCAUCGAGCAGUGCUGGAAACCUCGGCGUCCUGAUCCCAGUUAUUGCAGUGCUGACUAGGAGGUUGCCACCAAUUAAGGAAGCAAAGCCCCGUCUGCAGAAGCUCUUCAGGGACUUCUGGCUCUACUCUGUUGUCAUGGGAUUUGCGGUGGAGGGUUCAGGUCUGUGGCCAGAGGAGUGGUACGAAGGAGUUUGUGAGAUUGCGACCAAAUCGCCGCUGCUCACGUUUCCCAGUGGAGAACCUUUACGCUCAGAGCUGCAGUACAACUCUGCACUGAAGAAUGACACCGUCACGGCGGCGGAGCUGAAUGAUCUGCGCAGCACCAUCAUCAACCUGCUGGAUCCUCCUCCCGAGGUGGCUGCUCUCAUCAACAAACUGGACUUUGCCAUGUCCACGUAUUUGCUGUCCGUCUACAGACUGGAGUACAUGAGGAUGCUGCAUUCUCUGGACUCGGAUCGUUUUCAGGUCAUGUUUCGAUACUUUGAAGACAGAGCAAUACAGAAGGAUAAAUCUGGUAUGAUGCAGUGUGUGAUUGCGGUGAGUGACAAGGUUUUUGAGGUCUUCCUGCAGAUGAUGGCUGAAAAACCAAAAACCAAAGCCCACGAGGAAGAGCUGGAACGCCACGCCCAGUUCCUCCUGGUCAACUUCAACCACAUCCACAAGAGGAUCCGCAGAGUGGCCGACAAAUAUCUGUCUGGCCUGGCUGAAACUUUUCCCCACUUGCUGUGGAGCGGCCGUGUGCUGAGGACCAUGUUAGACAUCCUGCAGACGCUUUCCCUCUCGCUCAGUGCAGACAUUCAUAAAGAUCAGCCUUACUACGACAUCCCAGACACUCCGUACAGAAUCACUGUCCCUGACACAUAUGAAGCCAGAGAGAGCAUAGUGAAGGAUUUUGCCGCUCGCUGUGGGGAGAUCCUCAAAGAGGCCAUGAAAUGGGCUCCGUCUGUGACCAAAUCCCACCUACAGGAGUAUCUGAACAAGCAUCAGAACUGGGUGUCGGGUCUCUCCCAGCACACAGGCCUGGCCAUGGCCACAGAAAGCAUCCUGCACUUUGCCGGUUAUAACAGACAGAGCACGACUCUGGGGUCCACUCAGCUGACUGAGAGACCAGCCUGUGUGAAGAAGGACUACUCAAACUUCAUGGCCUCCCUCAACCUCAGGAACAGAUACGCUGGAGAGGUGUCAGGUAUGAUCCACUUCGCCCAGGCAGUCCGAGGACAGUCCGAUCUGAGCCGGCUGAUGAUCAAACAGAUGGGAGAGGCGUUGGACUCUGCACAGCCUGAGGCCUUCACUGAGGCCAUGUUCAAACUGGCUGCCUUGCUCAUCAGCACCAAAGACUGUGACCCUCAGCUCCUGCACCACCUCUGCUGGUCUCCUCUCAAGAUGUUCACAGAACAUGGCAUGGAAACAGCCAUUGCUUGCUGGGAGUGGUUGUUGGCAGCACGUGUAGGUGUGGAAGUACCGUUUAUGCGGGAGAUGGCGGGAGCGUGGCAGAUGACCGUGGAGCUGAAGAUGGGAUUGUUCUCAGACGCUCAGGUGGAGGCUGAUCCUCUGGCUGCAUCAGAGGAAAGUCAGCCUAUCCCCUGUCCUCCAGACGUUACCCCUCACCACAUAUGGAUCGAGUUUCUUGUCCAGAGGUUUGAGAUAGCGAAGUAUUCCAGCGCAGAUCAGGUGGAGAUCUUCUGCAGUUUGCUUCAGCGCUCGCUGUCUCUUAACGUAGGCGGGGCAAAGAGCAGCCUCAACCGCCACGUAGCUGCUAUUGGACCUCGUUUCAGGCUGCUGACUCUGGGUCUGGCUCUGCUUCACUCUGACGUCGUCACCAACGCAACCGUGAGAAAUGUGCUUCGAGAGAAGAUCUAUUCCACAGCCUUUGAUUACUUCAGUGUGUCUCCAAAGUUUCCCACCCAAGGCGACAAGCGUCUCCGCGAGGACAUCAGCAUCAUCAUCCGUUUCUACGCCAGCAUCCUGUCUGACAAGAAGUACCUGGCGGCGUGCCACCUGGUCCCACCUGAUAAUCAGGACCCGUCCCUGAACAGUCUGUCAGUGAUGAACGCCGCCGACCUCAGGAGCAACAUGGACUCCAGCUCUCGCUCCCAGCAGAGCAGCCAGGGAUGGAUCAACACCUACCCGCUGUCCAGUGGCAUGUCCACCACAUCCAAGAAAUCAGGCACGUCCAAGAAGAGUAACAGAGGGACGCAGCUUCACAAAUACUACAUGAAGCGCAGGACUCUGUUGCUGGCCUUACUGGCCAGUGAGAUCGAACGGCUGACGACGUGGUACAACCCGCUCUCCACUCAGGAACUGGCCAUCGCCACAGAGCAGUCAGUGGAGACCAGCAUCGCCAACUGGAGGUCCAAAUACAUCAGCCUCACGGAGAAACAGUGGAAGGACAACGUCAACCUGGCCUGGAGUAUCGCACCUUACCUGGCGAUGCAGUUACCAACAAGGUUUAAGAAUGAUGCCAUUGUUGCUGAAGUGACCAGGCUGGUGAGACUGGAUCCUGGAGCCGUCAGUGAUGUACCGGAGGCCGUUAAGUUCCUGGUCACAUGGCACACUAUUGAUGCCGACUCUCCUGAGCUGAGCCACAUCCUGUGCUGGGCCCCAGCGGACCCGCCCACCGGUCUGUCCUACUUCAGCAGCAUGUACCCUCCUCAUCCUCUCACUGCUCAGUACGGGGUUAAGGUGCUGCGCUCUUUCCCUCCAGAUGCCAUCUUGUUCUACAUUCCUCAGAUUGUUCAGGCUCUCCGUUAUGACAAGAUGGGUUACGUCAGAGAGUACAUCCUCUGGGCGGCGCAGAAGUCUCAGCUGCUUGCCCACCAGUUCAUCUGGAACAUGAAGACCAACAUUUUCAUGGACGAGGAGGGACACCACAAAGACCCUGACAUCGGGGAGCUGCUGGAGCAGAUGGUCGAGGAGAUCACAGGUUCUCUGUCGGGUCCGGCCAAAGACUUUUACCAGCGAGAGUUCGACUUCUUCAACAAGAUCACCAACGUGUCCGCCAUCAUCAAGCCAGUUCCAAAGGGAGAGGAGAGGAAACGAGCCUGUCUCAAAGCACUGUCAGAUAUCAAAGUCCAGCCAGGCUGUUACCUGCCAAGUAACCCUGAAGCUAUAGUGCUGGACAUCGACUACAAAUCUGGAACACCCAUGCAGAGUGCUGCCAAGGCUCCAUAUCUGGCCAAGUUUAAGGUGAAACGCUGUGGGGUGAGUGAACUGGAGAGGGAGGGUCUCCGCUGUCCCUCAGACUCUCUGGAGGACGGAGAGGAGAAUCCAGACGGAUCGCGCAGGGUUUGCUGGCAGGCGGCCAUCUUUAAAGUGGGAGAUGACUGCAGACAGGACAUGCUCGCUCUGCAGAUCAUUGGGCUUUUUAAGAACAUCUUCCAGCUGGUGGGCCUGGAUCUGUUUGUCUUCCCUUACAGAGUGGUGGCUACUGCUCCAGGGUGCGGCGUGAUUGAGUGCAUCCCGGACUGUAAGUCCCGAGACCAGCUCGGCAGACAGACGGACUUCGGGAUGUACGAUUACUUCCGUAACCAGUACGGCGAUGAAUCCACACUCGCCUUCCAGAAGGCUCGGUAUAACUUCAUCCGCAGUAUGGCCGCCUACAGCCUCCUGCUGUUCCUGCUGCAGAUCAAAGACCGACACAACGGCAACAUCAUGCUGGACAGCAAAGGACACCUCAUCCACAUAGACUUCGGCUUCAUGUUUGAGAGCUCACCUGGUGGGAACCUGGGCUGGGAGCCGGACAUCAAGCUGACGGAUGAGAUGGUGAUGAUCAUGGGAGGAAAGAUGGAGGCCACUCCUUUCAAAUGGUUCAUGGAGAUGUGUGUCAGAGGAUAUCUGGCCGUACGACCCUACAUGGAUGCAGUGGUUUCUCUGGUGACCCUCAUGCUGGACACUGGGCUGCCGUGCUUCAGAGGACAAACCAUUAAACUCCUCAAAGGACGGUUUAAUCCACAAAUGAGUGAGAAGGAAGCGGCAGCGUUCAUGAUUAAAGUCAUCCAGAGCUGUUUCCUCAGCAGCAGGAGCAAAACGUACGACAUGCUGCAGUAUUACCAGAACCAAAUUCCCUACUGAAGAUCUUCUACCGGACCUCCACUGUUCGUCCAACACUAACGUCUACGCAAGCAAUGCAAAACUCCCUUUGGGUGAUUUUAAUGCGGAGGUGGAUGCACCUUCCAGUGCGCCGCUCUUCUCCUCUGAGACAAACAAUAAUGUGGCACUUUGAUCCCUUUUCUCCAGUUUUACUGUAAGCUGUCAGAUUUUAUAAUGUACACCUGAGUUUUAAAGUAGUUCUCUAUUUAACUUGAGAGUAAAAGGACAAUAUAGGACUUUAACCAAAAGAGGUAUCUGAAUCACCCUUUAAGUAUUUUCUUCUUGAUGCUGUUAUUUGUUACUCACCUGUCACACGAGAGGACGAUGGCCAUAACAGGAGCCAUAUUUAUAGUGUUUGUCGAAGCAGCUGUUCUAAUCAUCGUUAUCGUUUUGUUACUAUGCUGUUAUCCACUUUUAUGCACUUUACAGAUCACAGUGUUCGGCUUCUCCUGCCUAUGAUCGAGAGCUUAAACAGAGAUUAAAACAACGUGCAGUUUAAUCAGCUGAUAAAUUAAAUUUCAGUAGGUUUGAUUUCGUCGCACACGAGUCAGACAGAUGGAAAAGCAACGCAGGAAUCAAUCAGCAUUUAAUCCAACAGUAGUCUUUAGAAAUCAAAGGUAUUGAGAGAAUCAAAGGUAGUUAUGCUGUAGUGUUUACUGUAGAUUAUUAACUGUAGAAUCACAUCAAGAUCACAGGUGUUUUCCUGUGAUUUCUGUGGAACUUGUAGAAUCAUAUGUGAAGAACAUAUUCAGCUGUGUCAUGUCAAACCUCCUCGUGUCAGCUUUUAGGUGGAAGCGGUUUUACAGAGGCGUUUUGUCACUGCAGGAACUUAGAAACCCGUAACAUGAAAGAACCGGUGAGGCUUUGAUGCUUGAAGGUCCCGCCUCGUGUGUCCACUGGGAACAGACACCAGGAAAAUGCUGCAGUGUUUACAUCAUGUUUGGUGGUGGGACAGACAACAAUGGAAGAGGGUGUGUUACACUAGAAGCAGCUAAUGUGGCCAUGAGUCACUAGCCUGCAGCAGAGACGGGGGGUGUGGGGUCACUUCCUUCUAACUCCACACCCCCGACACUGACUCGAGUGACGUUACACAGCUCCCUCUGCAAACACUAAAGGCUUUACACAACGUUUUUAAUCUUUUAAUUAAUCUUUAAAUGAACAUUUGAGUCCUGCAGGACUUUCUGAAUCGCAUUUUCUGGAGCUUGAAUUUAGUGUCACCUCCUGAGCAGCACUGAAAUUCAGUUCCUGAGCAGAGAACAGUGGAAAUCAGAGCAGAACCUUCGUCAGUGGUUAGUUAAAGUUACAGUUACGGGUCAUUAAGUUCCUGACGUGGAAAAGGCCAGAAGGAAGGAGGUGAUGCAGCACACAGGGUGAGCCAGGAGCUCUCCUGCUGCUCUGCAUCACAGCCUGCAUGUCUCACAUACAGAGUGAGACACGCAGUGUUACUGUCCUGUGUCAGAGUACAGGUGUACAGGUGUCGUACAUGUGUGUGAACCCUUCGCCGUACGUCGAAGCCUGUUUGGAAACAUUCCUCUGUGAGUGUGUGAGUUACAUCAGACCUGUUCGCUUUGGGUUUCGUCGGAUGAUCUUGCUGUUACCGAUGCAGAUGAUGAUUAUGCCUAAAAAGCCAUUUCUCCUACUCUUGGUAGAAACACACACUGUAGUAAUACUUGACAAAAAAACCCUGACUUUAUGCAAUAUAUCCAUGUAUAUUGUUACUGUGUUUGUGUUGUGUUCAACAAAUGAAAUCGCUAUAAUUCCUUCCAUCCCAGUGUUUGUGUGAGAAGCGUUUUCUGUUGCAGCUCUGACUUACUGUUGUUACACAUCUACGGUUGAACUCCAGUAUUUAAACACACACCAGUACAAUGUUUGAUGGCUGAUAGAGAAGAAGAUGAUCAGCCUUUUUUACUGUGGCAGUUGCUGUUAUUUUAAAUAUGUCAGUCAUCCCUCAUGUCCCCACUGCUCCCUGUGAACCAGAGGUGUUGGUCAGUAUCUAUACUGUGUGUGUGUGUGUGUGUGUGUGUGUGUGGUUUUUGUUUGUAUUUGCUCGGUUUGUGGCGACAUCAUUGCCAGUUCAGAUGAAGAUCACGUGUGUGAAAACUCACUCCAGAUUAAAUGUGUGUACAUUUCA